AAUCCCCAUUGUCUUCGUGCGAAUCUAAAAGUCCCUAAUAGUGGUAGAACGCUACUUUGGCGAUAGUGGAAAAACGAUACGCUUGUAGGUCCUUGUAAUAUGAUGAAGCUCUUACUUCAAGAUGAUAUUGAUUUCACGUUUCUCCCUUCUAGUUACUGAUCAGUGAGAGAGCAGACGAACGGUCACAACGGUAAUUGUUUGAACGCAGCUCUGCAAAACUUUCUACUCCUGCCUUUCAGAGCGUGACAUCUCCAGAUACGGGGCAUCAUACCGGAUCAAAACAUGGAUCAUAUUUUGCAUAGACGUUUAAGAAAGCUUCUUACCUCACUCUGGUUAGUCUUACUCACAGUCUCCUUAUCAGCUGCCCGCUUCACCUUGAAUCCUAUUUCAGUGCUUUAUGUACCAUAUGAAUUUGACGCAACGACUGGGGAAGGACUCUACGGUCUUGUGAAAGGGCCAUCUGAACAGAGCAGCUAUGAUUAUAAGAAUCAUUUACUCUAUAUAGCAGGCGACACCUACGUUCAGAUCGCCAACAUCAGCGACGCAGCCAACCCCGCCAUCAUUCACUCUCGCCCGGUCAGCUCCUCGGUCAACGACAUUGAAGUGUGUGGGGACUAUGUGGGAUACCUGGAGAAUGGCAUUGCUCACAAGAAUGCACAGGGCAUGCUACACCUGAUGCGGGCCUACAACACCACCAGCCGUAACUGGACAGAUUACUUAGAGAUCCCAGUCGGCAGCGUUCCAGACAUGCUAUACUUCACCAAGGACUGUCAGACGAUCGUGGUCGUCAACGAAGGCGAGUACGAUGAAACCGAUGUGCCUGGGGUGUUCAUCGACCCCGAAGGGACGGUCUCCAUCAUUAGGCUUGAUAGCGGUAGGAGCGAGGGGUACACCAUCAACCAUCUCAACUUCACGGCCUUCAAUGAACGAGCAGCUGAAUAUGAAGCUAAAGGAGUCAGAUAUUCAUAUAAAAAUUCCACCUUCUCUCAAAAUCUGGAGCCGGAAUACGUCGCUAUUAGUUCGGAUGACUCAACAGCAUAUAUCGCUCUGCAAGAAAACAAUGCCAUCGCAGUCAUCAAUAUUGGAACUGAGACGAUAGAGGAGAUCUACAGUCUUGGAUUGAAGUCUUGGAAAGAUCUUAAGCUGGAUGUUAGCGAUAGAGAUGGAGGAAUUGUCUUCCGCAAUCACGACAUCUACAGUAUGUAUCAGCCCGAUGCGAUCAAAUACUUUGACGUCGGUGGGACUGGAUAUAUAGCAACCGCCAAUGAGGGCGCUACUGUAGAAUACCCAACGUGGACUGAAGAAAAGCGCGGGAAGUCGCUCGUUGACGAUGGUCUGGUUUGGGGUGAAUCUCCUCUUAUAUCUGCAUUGAAUGAUACAUCACAACUAGGUCGUCUCAAAUUCAGCCAAUACGAAGGCAUCAAUGCUUCCAGAUUUGGGAAAAUCGACCAGCUUGUUUUCUACGGUGGUCGAAGUAUAUCCAUCCGCAAAGCUAGUGACCUUUCAUUGGUGUAUGACAGUGGUGACGUCAUAGAGGUCAAAUCAUCACAAGAAUUGACAAAUGUCUUCAACACAGACACGAAGCCUCUAACGGGUGCUCCGGAGGGCUCCGCAGAUACACGCUCUGACGAUUAUGGACCAGAGUGUGAAUCACUGGCAUUUGCUGAGGUCAACGGGACCAGACUUCUCUUUGUAGGAAUCGAGAGAUUGUCCGCCAUUGCUAUCUUCACCUUCCCUUCCGGGUCAGCGAUACCAGAGUUCGAUAGUUUCCACCGAGCCGGUGGCACCGAUAGGUCAUAUGAUCAGCUCUUAAUAGACAGGGAAGUAGGUGACUUGGAUCCAGAAGAUAUAAAGUUUCUACCAUAUGAGAAGAGUCCAACAGGAAAAGAUUUCCUCAUCGUCACAAAUAACAUCGCAGGAACUAUUGCCUUCUAUGAUGUAGUCAAUAAUUCGGCAUUGAGAAGUGAAGCUGGCGUUUUUAUUGUAUCCAUGGCUACCAUCUUAUCGUUUGCUGUAUCGCGGAUAUCAUCUGUUUUAUCAAUUUUGUAGACUAGAACACCUAUCCGAUCUUCCAUAUCGCCGUCAAGCCCUAAUUACAUAUGACGGGUCUAAAUUGCCUCAAAUAACCGCCGCGGCAAAAUAAUAUUACAUACAAUACGUCUCUUGCGUUUCACAUUCCAGUGUCUUAGGUUGUGUUAAACCAGUCCUCUUUUCCAAUGUAUAAAAAGCGUGUAAAACACACAAUUUGGAAGCACAGACUUGAAGCACUUUUUACGGUUCCGUGUUUGUAGCUCUUUUCUCCAGAUAAAGUCUGACCCUGCGGUUAGCUCCGCGCACCACACUGCGCAUGCUAUGUGAUUAUAAUUAUGACGUCAUAUAAACGCCCUCAUAAAAUGUGCCUUUAGAGCUGCCCAGAAGCUAAGCUUCUGUUGAAAACUUGUUUGGAAAGGCACUUUUUUUGUCCGUUUUGAAACUGCGUUUCUGAAAAACGUGCACCAGACACAACCAUCUUUCGAACUACAUUCCUGAAAUGGAGCUCUAAAUACACCCUUGGUACGUAUAGGGGUCUUUUUUCGGGGGCAGGUAAUUUCCCCCAUCUACAUAAUAUUAAGAUUCGUUUACAGAUAGAAGAUUUUUUUUUUUACUGCGGCUAUAUUGGUUUUACUCUGUCAUUUUUGGGAAAAGGGUUAACUUUGAAAUUUCCUGUUAGAAAUAAAAGUUAUUUUUGAGUGAUGUUGAUUAAAUAUUUCAAUUUUUGCUAUAAUCAUACAUUUCAUUUCUACUAAAUAAGAAGUCUGUGUGAUAUUUGAGAUUGCAUUCUUAGAUUCUCUUGUUCCUUCAACAAAAUUAAAUUUGGCAAUAUAAUGUGAUACCGAGGGGGAAAAGUGAUUUCGUUUCCUUUGUGGAGUCCCUUGAGAGAUUGACUUCCACUUUUAUUUUUCAAAGAAUAGCAUACUUAGAUAUUUUCAAAACAAGGGCAAAAUCCAGAAGUCAUUGUCUGCUUGGCAUAUUUCUAUAUCUACAUGAGUUCAUACAGUAAUAUACAAAAUCUCAAUCAAUUAUAUUUCUGUAAGUUAUUUUGAUUCUAUUAAAGGGUGUGUUUAUUAUGGCCGAUUCUCAUUUUUGAUUAAUUCAGCUAAUUAUGCGAUAGGGUGUAUAUAUCUGGAAGCACUUGACAUUUUAUUUGUUCUAUCUAUGCAAAUAUUAUUAAGAUUCACAGGAUACUUUUCUCUUAUAAAGCCUCGUUCAGAUGUGACUCAGUAAACCGCCGCAAAAAGCCGCGUUUUUAAAACAUUGGUUUUAAGCGUAUACAAUGAAUGGUAACUGGUAACUGCGCGCAACAAAAUUCUACGCGCAUUUACAUACCUCGGUGUUAAAAUAUACAGAAAUGGUAAGCGUACUUCACGUUACGUCAUCAUUGAAGAAAAAGCACUGCGGGUUUGUUUACAACAUCACAUCUGAACGAGGCCUAAGAGAUCAUGCUUGUAUGUUUAAUAUAUCAUUUGGUGGAGUGUUUGUGACUAAUGAGGUAAGCCUAUGUUAAGACGUUGUCUAAGUUUCCAUAUGGUGAUGUGCAUUACAGAAUUUAUUUAACGAAUUUACAACACAUAAAAAGCAUAAUAAAAUAUAUGUAUCUGUAUCUACAAAGCAUUUUAAUCUCAUAUAUUUACAUACUUGUAGCAUAAUACAUGUAAAAUUAUGUACAACAUAUUAUAAUUGUAGUGUAGAAUUAAGAUAUGUCAUUGUAUAGGUACACAGUAUGCUUUGUGGUGUUGUUAAGUCAAUUAACAUUUCCACCAUAGAUAUUACUUUAAUCAAUUUAGUACGAGGUGAAAUUAUUGAGGUGACGUUAUAGCUAGUGAGAAGUUAUAGAGUAUGGUGUUGUAGAAUUAUUACCAGAAGAAAUCAUACAUUGCACUUGAUUUGGUAAUCAGACAAUUACCUUUAAAAGAUAAUUUCAUUUUAAUUCCGUCUCUAUUUAGUCGAUUGAUGAAUGUCAUGACUAUUAUGCCAAGAUCAUACGAUUACGUAAAUCAUUUAGAUAUAUCCCCCAUUCAUUUUUCAUAAUAACAUGUUUACAACAAUGCAAUAUAUAUUUAAUAGAAGCUCUUUCUUUAUAGUGUUUGUUAAUCAAAUUACAUGUUACCGUGGUAACCAAAUAUUUAAUCAUUUUUUAAGAUACUAUAGAUUGUCUCAAAUGAUUUCUACCUGAUGAUGAGAUAGUUUAGGAGCUGAAGCUAAGAAUCAGUUGUGAUGUAGAGCAAAAUAUGAAUUUAGAACAGGUGACAAAAGUAUUUCCACAUAGGUUUUCAAGCAAAGAUUUUGGUACACAAUUGUUUAUAUUUAGGCAACAAUAAUUCUUGGAUUUUCAUAAUCAAAAUAUGGCUAUUUCAUAUAAAAACAACAUUUGUAUGUGGUUCAUAUUGCCUGAGAGUCUUGUUGGUAUAUUAUUAUCGUAUAGUUACAAAAAAAGUAUAACGAAUAUCUUGAUAUUAGAGAUAUACCAUACGACUUAUUGUUAGGUGUUAAUGGUAUUGUCUUUCAUGAAUUGUAGGAUACAGGAUUUUCUGGUUUUAUACUUGCUUGAAUCAUAUAAAGGAUGAAAUAUAUAUCAAGAAAAA